AUGCAACAUAUAUCAGGGAGGUAUAUCAGCAACCUCAGGUCUAUCUUUCUGAUUUUAGUUCGUGAAGACCAGAUCCCCAAACGAUCAGAUGUUGUUGUCAUUGGAGGCGGGGUUAUCGGUUGGUCUGUGGCUUUUUGGAUUCGGUAUUUUUCUAAAACAACGGUUACUGUCAUUGAGCGUGACCCCAGUCUCUCCCGGUCUUCCAGUCUUCUUGGUCUUGGAAACCUCCGCACCCAAUUUUCCGAACCUGAGCACAUUCAGAUGUCUCUUUUUACCGCCGAAUUUAUCCGCGACAUUGAAGAGCAGCUUUCCGUCACGCGAGACGAUACCGCGGAAAUAAACUUCAAUCCCCACGGCCAUUUGCUUUUGGCAGAUGAAAAAGGUGCUGACCAAAUGAGGAGGAAUUUUCAGUUGCAAUCGGCUCUUGAACUUCCGAAUCGUCUGAUGACACCAGAAAAAGUAAAGUCCCGCUGGCCUUGGCUCAAUGUGGACGACAUUCACUUAGCGUCGCAUGGCGACCGAAACGAGGGCUGGUUUGAUCCCUGGCUAUUAGUGCGGCGGCUGAAGAACAAAGCGCAUGUUUUCGGAGCCAACUUUGUGGUCGGUGAGGUAGUAGGUUUCACCUACUUCAAGGACCUGACUCGCGCCUCCUUCCUCGACCGACCGAAGCGGGCCCCUGUGGAGGCACCGCGCCUCAGUGAAGUCUUGGUUAGGACUCCAGGAGGUGCCGUCGAGAAAAUUGCCUUCCAUUCAGUUGUCAACUGUGCCGGCCCGUGGGCGGGUGAUAUUUUGAAAAUGGCCAUGGCCGGGGUAAAGGCAAGAGUCAUUCCUCUCCCCAUUCAAAAACGGAAGCAGGGAAUUUUCAUUAUUCGUCCGGACUAUUCUCAGUCGUCCACUCACUUCCCCGGUAUCGACAUGCCGGUGGUUCUUGACCACCAAGGCCUUAUGCUCCAACGACAGGGCCUUUCAGGCGACUUUGCAGUUUGCAUGAACCCAACUCGGCCGGUCCAAGUCGAGACUGAUGUAUCGGAUGACCUAGAGGUGGACUAUUCCGAGUAUCACGAAGAAAUCCAGCCACGACUUUCAGUGAGAGUCCCUUCAAUGUCGACGGCCCGAAUUCAGUCAGCGUGGUCAUGCUUCAACGAUUAUAACACCCUCGAUCAGAGCCUUGUUUUGGGCCAACAUCCUUACCUCUACAACAUGAUCCUCGCGACGGGCACCUCCGGUCUCGGCAUCCAACACGCGGUGCCCAUUGGCAGAGCCGUUGCCGAACUCAUUCAUUAUCGACACUACAAAUCGAUCGAUUUGACGCGCUUCUCGUUUGACAGAUUUUACCUAGAUGUACCGUUUAUCGAAAAGUCAGUAUUUUAG